GAGCUGCGCUCAGGCCAAUUAAGGCGGACUUGUGGCGCUCUCUUACGUGUACAGCCAACAAGCUCGGCGUUAGGGCAACACCAGAGUAUCUGGCUAAAAAAAAGAGAGAGAGGGAGAGGGAGCGAUCGUGUUCUUUCCUCUCAGCCUCAGAAACAUGUCGAUGAGUCCCAAGCACACUACUCCUUUCUCAGUGUCUGACAUAUUGAGUCCCCUGGAGGAGAGCUACAAGAAGGUGGCAAUGGAGGGCGCCGGUUUAGGGGCUCCACUGACAGCAGCAGCCUAUAGGCAGUCGCAGGUGUCUCAGGCCAGUAUGCAACAGCACGGCAUGGGCCACAAUGGGCCGGUCAGCGCUGCCUACCACAUGACAGCCGCGGGGGUCCCCCAACUCUCCCACACCACCAUGGGGGGAUACUGCAAUGGCAAUUUGGGAAACCUGGGCAACAUGAGUGAGCUGCCACCUUACCAGGACACAAUGAGGAAUAGUUCCGCUACAGGAUGGUAUGGAGCCAACCCCGACCCACGAUUCUCCACAAUUUCCCGAUUCAUGGGUCCCUCCGGCGGAAUGAACAUGGGAGGUCUCGGCAAUAUGGGUUCCCUAGGAGAUGUAGGGAAAAGCAUGACCCCCCUGCAGGCGACCCCCAGGAGAAAGCGCAGAGUUCUCUUCUCCCAGGCUCAAGUGUAUGAGUUGGAGAGGCGCUUCAAACAGCAGAAAUACCUGUCUGCCCCAGAGAGAGAGCACCUAGCCAGUAUGAUCCACCUCACCCCCACCCAGGUGAAGAUCUGGUUCCAGAAUCAUCGCUACAAGAUGAAGCGACAGGCCAAAGACAAAGCAUCUCAGCAGCAGAUGCAACAGGACAACAGCUCCUGUCAGCAGCAACAGUCCCCAAGAAGAGUGGCAGUGCCAGUGUUGGUGAAAGAUGGUAAGCCAUGCCAAGCUGGCUCUAAUACACCCACAGCCGCCCUCCAAAGCCACCAGCAACAGACGGCCACAGCUAUCACAAUUACCACUAAUGGGCUGGGGCCACACCAGAGCCACCAAACAAACAGUGCAGGUCAGUCUCCAGAUCUGGUGCCCCAUUCCAAUAGCCCCUCCAGUCUCCAGAAUCAAGUCACCAGUCUGUCUCACCUAAACUCUUCCAGCUCUGAUUAUGGCUCGGCUAUGUCCUGCUCUACCUUGCUAUAUGGUAGGACAUGGUGAUUGGAAACAUCUUGAACUAUCUUCAACGUUAAAGAGAAAAGAAGAAAAAAAAACUGCUGUACUUUAGGGAGGAUGGAUUUAUAGGAGGCUUCAAUGAAAAAUCCAAAAAGGGAAGUGGGAGGAUAGAAUUUAGUUAUUAAACUGGAUGGAUGACACUCAAAAUGUCAAAGGGAAAGAAGGAUUGGACUUCAGACUCUCUAUGGUGUCACCAACAAGAUGCUUGUACAGUACACAGGGCUUUACUGGAGAUCUGGGGAUAAGAUGCUACUGAAACCUUCAGUCCUCAAGAGGGAAAGCUUUUACAGUUUUUGGUCCUCUAUUAAUGUAAAAUUGUAACCCCUCAAUUUGUGGAACUCUGCAUAUAGAUUUUAGUCACAUGUAAAUUUUGUGUAAAAAAAAAAAAAAA